AUGUCUUACCAGAAGAACGAGAAGGACGUCCAGGAGCCGGCUAAGAGCCACAAGAUCCGCAUCACCCUGUCUUCCCGCAAGGUCCAGGUCCUCGAGAAGGUCUGCUCCGAGAUCAUCGACCGCGCAAAGACCAAGGACCUCCGCGCCAAGGGCCCCGUCCGCUUGCCCACCAAGUGCCUGACCGUCACUCCCCGCAAGACCCCUUGCGGUGAGGGUUCCAAGACCUGGGACCGCUUCGAGAUGCGCAUCCACAAGCGUCUCAUCGACCUCCACGCCCCUACCGAGGUCGUCAAGCAGAUCAUUGUCAACAUCGACGCCGGUGUCGAGGUUGAGGUCACCAUUGCUGCUUAAGCGAAGCUCCAAUCUCGUAAAGAUGUUGGAGUGGCGUUGAGGGCGGUUGAGACCGCUCUCAAAGCAGAUAGGCACUCAAUAAACUGGUUCAAGACAUAUAUCCUUUGUUUCUUCUCG